CCACUCGUCACGCAAAUUCCACUUGACAAGUUCGGCGUAUGUUCGGUUUUCGGUUUCCAAUCAUUAAUAAUUAGGUUUCCAUGCAGGAUGGCUCGACAAAAUGAGUUCCAAAAGUUCUUGAUCCCUCUUCCAUCACUUCGAGAUUAUACUGAAAAAUUGUCGUCUUGUGAUAUUCUGGUAUAUCUCUUCCAUCAGACUAUCGCCAUGAGAAUAAUUUUCAUUACAACGCAUCCUUACAGCUAAGACCCACAAGCACCCUAAUAUCUGAAAUGGAUUACUGUGAACCAUCGGGGUCUCGCUUAUCACCACCAAAAGCAAUAAUCGAUUCCAGUCCUUUACAAUCAUCGAUGGGUAAAAAUAAAGAAUCCCUUAAAAACAAAUUAUUGGUUCGGCGGUCUUUAAAUCAAUUGGUUGAGCAAGGAAUAAUGCCAUCUCUAAAAACUUCUCCUGCGAUUUAUGAACAACAACGCCAGUUGGAACGAGCAAAAACAGGUGACAUGUUGAAAGCAAAGAUCAAACAAAGGCCCGAUAGGCUAGAAUUAGAGCGAAGGCAUAUUUUAGAACAUCAGGAAGGCAAUAUUGAUCCCAGUUUGGCUGAUAAAAAAAAGAUGCUGCAGAAAGCCUUAUUAGUAGAUCAUUUGAACUCUAAAAUAUCUCACAGACCUGGUCCAUUAGAACUCAUAGAAAAAAACAUUCUACAUGCCGAUGAGCCAAUUGAGCGAAUAGUUAAGGAAGGUUUGGUAACUUAUACUGCAACAGAUGAAGUUCUUUCUCCCUCUGAUACUCUUCAGAGUCCAGAAAAUUUGAAUUUGAUUUGUGUUGAAGAUGAUUCUUUAAGUUCCGAAGGAGAAAAUCUGGGUGAAAAUAAAAUUAAUCCAAUAAGCGUUCUAUUGUUCACACAGCCUCCUGAAUCAAAAUCAUCAGAUGAUGCAUUACAACAAGGGCCAUCAGUUUCCGCAAUUUCAGAACAAGUCACGCAUAUGAUUAAUUUGAAAAAUAGCUACCACAAUAUUUUACAGCAGCCUGAUAUAAAACAAGAGAUUAGCUCGGAUAGGUUAGUUCUGGGUAAUGAACCUAUCAAAAAAAGUUCAAGUUCGAUAUCCAGCAAUUUGAAAGAAAAAAUAAAGAAAAAGAAUAAGAACAAAUUGAUUUCUAAAGCACGUUCUAUUAAAUUUCAUGAGUACAAAGGCCCCCCAAAUGCUCAAAAACACUCAUCAUCUUCACAUCAAGCAAGUGGAGAAUCAAAUUAUCAGUUAAUAAUGAAACAACAAUAUCUGCUGGAAUAUUUAGAAGAAAUGUGUAAACAGCCGCCAGUUUUACCAGUUAAUUUGAAGUCAUCCUUCCCUGCAGUAAUGAAAGAAAGAGAUAAGGAUUUACAGACGUGUGAUAUGCAAAAAAAGGGUGAUCCAGCAUCCGAGGUUCUGAACAAGUUGAAAGUAUUUCAGCUUAAACAGUACUGCAAAAAAUUUAAUUUACCAGUUUCUGGAUCCAAAUCCAGCCUAAUUGAACGGUUGAAACCUUUUUUGAGCAUAAUGGAAAAGAAUCCAGAAUUCGAAGCAAGAAACGAUACUGAUAUACUAUCAUCAAAUGAAUUGCCGCAGCAAAAAGAUAAUGAAGAAGGCAAUCUUUUGAAAGAGCAACAGAAAAGAAUAGCUGAGUUGCAGAAACAGCUAAAACAAAGUCAAGAUGAACUGGAAUUAAUAAAACAAAAUCAAAUACGUUCGCAACAAAACUUUUUAUCGCCAACACAUAGUAAUUACACCGAUUUAUCAAUGAAAUCUGAAACGCCAGGCGUAUCAACUGCCUUCAAAGGAAAUGAACUGACUUUAGCAUCAUUGCAUGAUGAUAAAUUACUAUCCAAUAUGGAUAUAAAAAUAACCGUGCAUAUUGACCAUGGCGAAACGGAACUCAACAACGAGCUACCAAACAAAACACUAUACAGUUCGAAGGAUAUAAUGAGUGCAAUUGAUACUGAAAGCGAUAAUCUUGGCUCUGAUACUAUUCGAAGCCAUACCAAAAUUACUGAAUAUUCUCUCGGCGUUAAUAACUAUGUUUCAGAGAAUGAGACCCUUGAUAAAUUACUAGGACAAGUUCAACCUGGUAUACCGCAAAUGAAGGAAAAGAAGGAUAUACUAAAUGAUAAUAAAGUGACAUUAUACAAUCAGAAGGAAGAUUUACUAAAACAUCAUAAAACGAUAUUAUCAAACAGUAAACCGGAUAAUAGAUAUAAUGAUGUCAAUUUGCUAGAUUUCCACAUGCAAAUUGAUGAGGUGAGUACUCCUGAUUAUAACACAGUUCAAUACAAACUAGAAGAAAGUGAAUUUGCCGAAAACAUUCAAAUGAAAUGUGAAAAUGAAAAACAUUAUGAAUCGGAUAUGCAGGAUAGUUUACUCAAGAAUAUUGACCAAGACGAAAGUAAACAGGUGUUUAAUGAGUUUGACGGUCUUAAAUUUGUUCAAAAUUAUUCUUUUGGCAAUAUUUUUGACGUUCAAGCAAAGUCGUAUGAAAACCCGAAUAGCAAGAUUCAAAUAAAAAACCAUUUGACAAAUAGUGUUACUUUUACAAUGGAUUCUGUUGAAAAACACACCAGUAGUAAUACGAUAGCAGAAUCGAUGAAUAGCCAUAAAAAUGAUUGGUUCCAGGCAAAUGCCUACGAUGAUGCAACCAAGUUUAAAACAUUAAUUCCUAAUGAGAGACUUCAGUCUAACGACCAGGGUUUUGAUAGCAUAGUGAAUGAUAACGUCGCUAAAUUGGCUUUCGGGAGUGAUGAAAAGAAUGCAAAUUAUGGUGUACUGAAAUGUUUUAAUGAUCAUAGUGACAAUGUUAAUAACAAUCAUCAUAUAAACAUAGGGCAAAUAAGUCCCAUGGAUUUUGAUAGUUUACUAGCAAACAUUGAUUUACCAGUUUGUACACAAUCUUGUGAUCGAUUAAUGCUUGAUAAUAACCAAGAAAAAUUAAGUUAUGAACUUCAACAGCAUAGUUUACUAGAUUACUUAAACGAUGAUUAUGGAAUGAAUGAUUCAUUAUCAUGUGAAAUAAAUAAUACUAGUUUUUAAUAAGCGUUGUUUUUAUUACCUUUGUAUAUGCAUU